GUUUUAAACGCAGAGUGUGCAUUAAUCAACCGGUUGCGCUACAUCAUGGCGAGAACCUAUGACCAAGAGCUGGCGUUUCUGGAAAAGAUCACCCCAACUUGUUGGAAAAUCAAGAAAGGUUUUGUCCCAAACAUGAAUGCAAGUCUUCUGCUUCACACGGCUGAGUUUUCUUGUGCAUAGGUUGAAGGUGUCUUCUACGUGAAUAACUUCCUUGAAAAACUUAUGUUUGACGAAUUACGAAAUUUUACACGCAGUGGAGAUUAUGGUGGGUUUCUACCGGGAAUGAAGCAAAUAGGGAACGUCGCAGCGUUACCUGGAAUUGUUCAUCGUUCAGUCGGCUUACCUGAUGUACAUUCUGGAUAUGGUUUUGCCAUCGGUAAUAUGGCUGCAUUUGACCUGACCAAUCCAAAAUCAGUAGUCUCACCUGGUGGUGUUGGGUUCGAUAUCAAUUGCGGAGUCCGACUUAUACGCACAAAUCUGAAUUUAAAAGAUGUUCUUCCAGUGAAAGAAAAGCUAACUCAGACUUUGUUUGAUCAUAUUCCUGUUGGUGUUGGUUCCAAAGGUAUCAUACCGAUGGAUGCUCAAGCUCUGGAAGAAGCUUUAGAAAUGGGUAUGGACUGGUCUCUGAGACAAGGGUAUGUCUGGGCAGAAGAUAAGGAGCAUUGUGAAGAGUAUGGUCGUAUGCUUCAGGCUGAUCCGUCUAAAGUUUCUUCACGAGCAAAAAAACGUGGACUUCCGCAACUUGGGACUCUUGGAGCUGGUAAUCAUUACGCUGAGAUACAAGUUGUGGAGGAAAUUUUUGACAAACAUGCAGCAACUAAAAUGGGCAUCAAUCAUUUAAAUCAAAUAGUACUAAUGAUUCAUUGUGGGAGUCGAGGAAUGGGUCAUCAAGUUGCAACAGAUGCUUUGGUCUCCAUGGAAAAAGCAAUGAAACGUGAUAAAAUCGAAGUAAAUGACCGGCAGUUGGCCUGUGCACACAUUAAUUCUGAAGAAGGUCAAGAUUAUUUGAAAGCAAUGGCAGCGGCUGCCAACUAUGCCUGGGUUAAUCGAUCUUCUAUGACAUUUCUUGCAAGACAGGCUUUUGCGAAAAUUUUCCAUUCUACACCGGACGAUUUAGAUAUGCAGAUUAUAUACGAUGUAUCACAUAAUAUCGCUAAGGUGGAAGAACAUUGGGUAGAUGGCAAAAUAAAAACUUUACUAGUUCAUCGCAAGGGAUCUACUCGAGCAUUUCCACCUCAUCAUCCCUUAAUUCCUGUUGAUUAUCAGCUUACCGGACAGCCUGUACUUAUUGGUGGUACUAUGGGUACUUGUAGUUAUGUUUUAACUGGUACUGAAAAAGCAAUGACUGAAACUUUUGGUUCAACAUGUCAUGGUGCUGGUCGUGCAUUAUCUCGAGCCAAAUCAAGACGUAAUCUCGACUAUACUGAUGUUUUAGCACAGUUACAGGAAAAAGGUAUAUCAAUACGAGUUGCUUCACCUAAACUUGUAAUGGAAGAGGCUCCAGAAUCAUAUAAAAAUGUAACAGAUGUCGUAGAUACCUGUCAAGCAGCUGGAAUAAGUAACAAGGUGCUCAAACUACGUCCAGUUGGAGUAAUCAAAGGUUAAUCUGGUUUUUUGCUCCGGUAGAUACUUUCUUCCCCUCCUAACUAAAUCCAUGCAUUCAAUACCUCUGUACACAAAAUAAAAUUGUUCUGUAUACUAUUGUUACUUUUUUGAACGGGAAAAAUGUGAUAUUUUUAAUUAUGUGAUAUUCACUGCCAAAUAAAAUUAUUAUUACUAUUAUUAA